UAUAGACUAUGGCAGGUCGUUAAGAAGCUGCAGUGUUUCGCGAAGGAGACACAAUUCGAAAGAGGAUUAAAAUAUAUCGUCUAUUCCUCAGUGAUCAGUGUUUGGAAUAAUCGUCGAUUUGUUAAAUCGCGCGAAUCACUUUCAUCAAAUUAUAAAAAAAGAAGAAGAGAAAUAUGAUUAACGUAUAUUUUGUAACGAUAUUGGCUGUGGUUGCUGUAACACACGGUGCGUUCAAUUGCCCGAGUAAAGAUGGUCAGUACGAAGAUCCGAAACAGUGCGACAAAUAUUACGAAUGCAUCGAUGGCAUCGCCACGGAGAAACUUUGUCCAGAUGGACUCGUUUUCGAUCCCUUGAAUCGAAAAGUAAACAAAUGCGAUCACGUAUUCAACGUUGAUUGCGGAGAUCGCCUCGAAUUGCAACCUCCUCAACCGACCAAGAAAUGUCCUCGAAGGAAUGGUUUUUUCGCUCAUCCAGAUGCAUCCGUUUGUAAUAUUUUUUACAAUUGCAUCGAUGGCGAAGCUAUCGAAAUUACGUGUACCACCGGAUUACAUUUCGACGAGUAUAGCGGAACAUGCGUUUGGCCCGACAGCGCUGGUCGAGAAGGAUGCGGAGUAGUAGACAAAAAAUUGAAAGACGGCUUCGAAUGUCCAAGAGAAAGUCAAGUGGACACGAGAGGAAUGGUCGUCGAUCAUCCGAAAUUCGCUCAUCCAGAUGACUGUCAAAAGUUUUACGUCUGUUUGAACGGAGUAACACCACGCGAACAAGGUUGUAGCGAUGGGACCGUUUAUAACGAGGAACAACAAAGAUGCGAUGCACCGGAAAAUGUUCCCGGCUGCGAGGAUUGGUACAAGGACGACGAUAAGAAACCGUAAAAUAUAUUUCAUAUUUAUAUGUCCCGCAUCGGGAUCACCGCAUCGUUUUAAAAUCACGAAUCAUCUUCGUUCAGCGUAUAAUCACGAAUGUUACGACAAUCGACAUUGUUCAUAAAUAAAAAAUUUUAUUUUAUCUUA